AUGUUAAAUAAUAUUUUGUUGGAAAGCAGAAGAAAUGAAGAAAAUCAGACACAAAGAAAUUCUGAGUCUUCUGUUCCAGACAAUUCAACUAUGCAGACCAAUAAUUUAUAAUAAUCCUCUAAUCUUAAUUUAACUACAUAAGAGGCUGGCUCUCGUAAUACUUUUACUUAGUUAGAUUAAAUUUACUAGCCCUUGUUAUAACCCAAUUAAUAGUUAUCUGGUCUGAAUGACUAACAAAAAUAGAGAUUUCUUAUUUAAAUUACAGGAAUUUGGGUGUUUCAAGAAGCUAUUCAAAUUAUUAUGUCGGUCAUAACUAUUUUAGAUUUUAACUACGAUAAUUUGUUUUAUAAUUUUGACAAGGAAAAAUAUCGAGCAUCAUUAUAUCUCUUUUUCUUUAUAUUUGCCAUAUAAUUGUUGCUAAUCAGAUUCUAUAAACCAUUUAGAUGUGUACAUAUUCAAAAUUAUUACUAAGAAACAUAAUGCAUUUUUCAUAUUCUUGAUUUUCACUAUCUCUUAUGCCUUAUGGAUUAGCGGUCUCAUCACUGCAGAACAUUCAGAUAUAUGGAAUAUAGAAAGCUCUGUCCAGAUCGGCUUUGCUAUUUUCAUCGGUAUUAUAUGCAAUUUUCUUACCUUGAUCACUAUUCAAUAUCACUUCUCUCUGACCAAAUAAUAGAUAUCAUUUUUUAGUAAAAUACCUUAAUAUUUAUAGGGACCAUCAAGUAUGUUUUUAUUCCUCCCUUUAUUUAUGCCUUUAUAUUUCAAAUAUUCAAUCCUUUUGAUUAUACUGCUGUGCUCAUUUUCUGGAUGGCCACCGAAUUAUGGGCAUUCACAUUCGGAGGGUUAUACUUAUACAGUGUACUACAAAUUAUAAAUGGUAAAUUUAAUCUCAAUCAAGAUUAAACAAUCUCUGCAGCACUUUUAGCAUUUAUCAACAUGUUUUUUCCAUUCGGACAUAUUUGA